UUGUGUCCGAAUGUGAGUUUCCAAGUCACGUUAUUAAUACUAGAGCAACAUUCAAUUGUCUAUGGUUAACAGGAGCCAUUUUUCUGAAAAAAGUGGUGAUACAUGUCAAAUAUUUCAACUAACUCAACUUUUCAAGGCUAUAGUGUGAUGAUUUCGAUUCGCACAAACGUGAUAACGAUUGCAACAAAUAAUCAGUUUUAGCGGCGCAUCGUUCCCGUUAGUUUCCUGUUGGAUGUGAGAUACUUUGUCCGCGGGCGGCAUAUCACAUUGCUGCCGGAGUCGUCGGUAACAACAAAGACACACGGUCCGGGAUGGGUUAUUACUGCACGGUGCCCCAGUGCACCUCGCUGGCCGGGAAGACCAAGAACGUGAAAUUCCACCGGUUCCCCCGCGAUGAGACCAUGGCAGACAAGUGGAACGUGAUUCUAAAACGCGGGAAGCCGUAUACGAAAUACUCCAAAGUUUGCAGCUUGCACUUCACUCAGAAUGACUACAACGUCACAAACAUGGGGCAAUGGAAGACCCUGAGCAAAGACGCCGUGCCUUCUCAGAACCUGCCCAAGCUAAACCCUGACGGAACCGUCAUGGUGAUCCGCAAGAGCCGCACUCUCAAGUACAAGGAGAGCAGGAAAGACGAGCCCAUUGACAAGACAGAGAAGUGGUCCCCCGUCGGGAUGAGCCACGCGCCGCCCGCGGCCCUGCCCGAGCCAGCCCUGGAGCCCGAUGGCAGCUUGGCGUACCGCCUGCAGACCCUUCACGCCAUCGCGGCGGGAGUGUCGCCGCUGUCCCCCCCUCCCCCCGCGCCCGCACCCCCCGCCGCCAAGCCGCGCAAGCAGGACGCCUUCAUGCAGACCGACCCCGUGCAAGAAGAGGACGAGGAUACCGACCAACCAAACAACAGUUACAGCGAAGCCUCCAACAAUUCAUACCAUUCGCAGUCGGAGCAAAUAGCCGAGUAUCCAGUACAAUACAAAGAACCAGAAAAAUCGUACGAACCAAAAUCGUACGAUUCAAAAUCGUACGACGCAAAAUCGUACGACUCAAAAUCGUACGACUCAAAAUCGUACGACUCAAAAUCGUACGACUCAAAAUCGUACGACACAAAAUCGUACGACUCAAAAUCGUAUGACCCUCCAAAAGACUACACGAAACAGACAGACGACUACAUACCACAGACUGACGAGGAAUAUAAUAAGGAGGCCGAGAAAUACGCCCUAGGCCAGAAAUCUCUCAAUGGAUACGAUAAAGACCAGUACCAGAAAAGCUUGGAUUACCAGAAAAUGGGACAGCUGUAUGGGUUCAGCGAUAAACAGGAGUUUAGGAAUUACUAUCCCAAUGGGUAUACAGAUAGUGCGGAGAUCCUCCGUAACCAGCAAGCGAACCUCCAGAUACUCCAGCAGCAGCACCGGGUGACGGAGAACCAGAAUUUCUUCACCGAGGGUAUCAAGCAGGAAGUAGACCUUAGCGGAGAAGACAUGUAUGACCGGGGCAAGGAGAUCGCUGAGAGAGAGGCGGGCAUGUACGACGCGCAGCGGCGCCUCGCGCAGCAGCUGAGCCUGCCGCCGCCGCCCCAAGUCAAACAGGAACCCGAAGGCUGUGAAAAUGUAAUGCAACCGCAGGGGAGCCCCUACGGAUACUCAAACGGACUCAAUGGUGUACAGGGAUACUACGAGCAGCUGUCUCGGCCGGGGCCGGAAAUGCUCAUCGCCAAGCAGAACGCCUUGGCUGCGCACACGCAGUUGUGGCAAAAUACAAUGAAGAGACCAUUCUUCUAUAGUGAAAGUCCACAUUACAGCGGCCCGCCCUUACUGCAUAGAUUCGAGGAUAUACCAAGAAUCCUUCAGUGAGUAACAUUCCAAAAAGGCGGUGAAUAAUAAAUAUAUUAUAAUAUAAAAGUUAAUAAUAAUUGUAAAACUAUGUUCUCUUAAAGACGAUAAUCUCUCGGUUUUCUUUUGUAAUAAUAUAUUUUUUAUCGUGUUGAUGAUAAAUAUCUUGGCUACAGUCCUUUAUUUAGCAAAUAAUUUAAAAC